CCGGAAACGGAAGCCCGAGAAAGUUCUAGCGGCUUGAGGCAGCGGCGGGAGCAGCCGUGUGGCGGGAGGAGCCGUUAAGCGAAGGCGUUGCGGCUCCAGCGUGCUCACGAUGACCACGUCCCAAAAGCACCGAGACUUCGUGGCCGAGCCCAUGGGGGAGAAGCCCGUGGGGAGCCUGGCCGGCAUCGGCGAAGUCCUGGGCAAGAAGCUGGAGGAAAGGGGCUUUGACAAGGCCUAUGUGGUCCUCGGCCAGUUCCUGGUGCUGAAGAAGGAUGAAGACCUCUUCCGGGAGUGGCUGAAGGACACCUGCGGCGCCAACGCCAAGCAGUCCCGGGACUGCUUCGGGUGCCUGCGCGAGUGGUGCGACGCCUUUUUGUGAUGCUCUUGGGAGGCCCCAGCCUCGAGUCUCGACUCUGCGGCCGACGGGGCCUCCUUCCCCAGCCUCCGCGACGGGAGACGUUGCUGUUGUCCGCUCACUUCCGGUGUGCUCCAGGAUCUUUGGGGGGUUCUCUCCCGUCACCAGGCGACUUGCUGGGGGUUCUCGCUCUUGCAUGCCUCCCCCUCCUCCUGCCAGUUUCACGUUGACAACGACCAGCUUUUCUGAGUGGAUUCCCGGCCCCUCCCCUCACCCCCGCCCUCACUUUCGGUCUGUUAGGUGCCUGUCACUGGCCUUUUAAUGUUUUUUCAAUCAAUAAAGUCAGUGGCCUUGA